AUGCGAGAUGCAUUUUUAUGGCACGGACACUACUGCAUUACAUUCGACAUACUUGGAUCCGAUGUCUACCAUUUCCUCGAACUCAACGAAUUCGUACCGUUCCCGAUGGAUCAAGUGCGGCACAUGGCCUACCAGCUGUGCCAUGCAGUGAACUUUUUACAUCAACAAGGGAUCAUACACACCGACCUGAAGACGGACAAUAUUCUGUUUGUGGAUUCGAGCUACACGAAGGAGUAUCAUCCGGAGAAGAAAAUGAAUAUUCGGUCGGUUAACCGAACGGACAUUCGUUUGAUCGAUUUGGGCUGUGCUGAAGAUGACGAAUUACCUCAGUCAUACACCAUCAGUAAUCGGUGUUAUCGUGCACCUGAAGUCGUGCUGAAAAAUAAUUGGAGCCAUCCAGUCGAUGUGUGGUCGAUCGGUUGCAUUCUUUACGAAUUACACACCGGAAACCUGCUAUUCAAUACAGACGAUGACGAUUUGGAACAUUUGGCGAUAAUGGAAAGAAUUCUGGGUGAAUUUCCUGUAGCCGGCGAGCAUAAGUACUUUCCGAAUGGUAAGUUAAACUUCGAUUGGACUCAGCGACCGUUAGAGGUACAUUGUCAUCAACCGUUGCGGACUUCAAUAAAGUCGGAAAUCGAUGACGACUUAAUUGACUUGAUGGAGAAAAUGUUGGCUUACGAACCGGCGAAGAGAAUUACAUUGAAGGAGGCAUUGACGCAUCCAUUCUUUGACAAAUUGCCAGCGUCUCAACGACUAACGGUUUAAUCAAAUUUUUGUAAAACAAUAUUUCUGUCUUGAAUGUAUAA